CCAAGUCAGAAGUACAUUUAACUGUUUAGAGCGCGCUCGAUUUUAAAUAUUAAAUGUGUGUCUAUAUUGAUCGCGAUCAUCUCCGCGCUCUUCAAUAAUAUCAUUGAAAUUGAAAGUGAAAAAUCUAUUCUCAUCGUUUUAAUGUGAAGUUACAAUUUUCCUUUUUGUUCUUUUUUCUCUUUUUUUCUUUCACUUUUCUUUUCUGGGGAUUUUUACAUAUGAAACAUUCUCAUAUUUCACCCUACUAGAGAAAAAAGGGUAUUUUCAAGAGGAAAUUUAAAGAAUUUUGAAAAUAGAUUCAGUGAUGAGCAUCUGUAGUUGAAUGAUAAUGAAAAUGAAGACAAUUGGAUGUAUUUCGAAUUUAGCGAAACCUCUUUUUGUUCGAAAUAUUUGUACGGGAAAAUUGUCGAAAACAGUAGAAACAUUAACGACGACAAUUCAUGAUGAACGUCAGCAAGAUGUGUCUCACAUUAGGCCGUACAAUGAAAUGCCUGGACCAAAGUCAAUUCCACUACUUGGAAAUACGUGGCGAUUUUUGCCAUUUAUAGGUGAUUAUAACAUAGAGGAAAUAGACAAAGUUUCAAAAAGAUUACAUCAACAAUACGGUGAUGUGGUGAAAAUGGACGGUUUACUCAAUAGACCGGAUAUGGUAUUCGUGUACGAUGCGAAUGAAAUUGAACGGCUUUUCAGACAGGAAGAGAAAAUGCCAUUUAGACCAUCGAUGCCAUCCUUGCACUAUUACAAACACAUAAUGAGGAAGGAUUACUUUCAAGAUAAACCUGGAGUUAUUGGUGUUCACGGUGAAAGUUGGUACAAAUUUCGUAGUAAAGUGCAACAAGUCAUGCUCCAACCAAAAACUGCAAGAAUGUACAUUGGUGCUAUCGAAGAUGCCAGCAUUACAUUUUUGGAAAGAAUCGAUAAAAUUAAAAACACAAACAACGAGGUUCCCGAUGAUUUUUUAAACGAAAUUCAUAAAUGGGCUUUGGAAUCAAUUGCGCUUAUUGCACUUGAUGUACGACUGGGAUGCAUGGACGAGAACGCACCAGGGGAAACACAAGAAUUAAUAAAUGCUGUUACGACAUUUUUCGGAAAUGUUGGAAUUCUCGAGUUGAAAAUUCCAUUUUGGAAAGUAUUUAACACACCAACUUGGUGUUCCUUUGUUAAUGCUCUGGAUACCAUUUUAAAAAUUACAUCGAGAUACACGAAAGAAGCUUUGGAGAGAUCAAAACUAAAAAGUAAAUCGAAAACAGAACUUUCCCUUCUUGAAAGGGUCGUAGCCCUAGACAAUGACUCGAAAACAGCUGCAACUCUUGCCUUAGAUUUAUUCCUUGUUGGAAUUGACACGACAUCAAAUUCCGUGGCAUCGGUUCUGUAUCAACUGGCACUUCAUCCGGAAAAACAAGCACUUGUACAUGAAGAGAUUAGCAAAGUACUUCCGUCAAAUGGACAAACACUCGAAGCGAAACAUAUUGAUGACUUGAAGUAUUUAAAGGCUUGCAUAAGAGAAACAUUAAGAAUGUAUCCUGUUGUAAUUGGAAAUGGACGAUGCACCACUACAGACACUGUUAUUGGCGGAUAUCAUGUACCGAAAGGCGUGCAUGUCGUCUUCCAACACUACGUGAUUAGUAAUCAGGAUAAAUAUUUUCCUAAAAGCAAGGAAUUCUUACCGGAACGUUGGUUGGCAGGUGAAAAAAUGUGUCAUCCUUUCGCCUCAUUGCCCUUUGGCUUCGGUAGACGAAUGUGCCUCGGGCGAAGAUUCGCUGAUCUUGAAAUGAUCAUUGUCAUCAGUAAGAUUAUACAAGCCUUCAAAGUUGAAUAUCAUUAUGAGAAACUGGACUACUACAUAAAUCCGAUGUACUCACCAAAUGGCCCUCUCAAGUUCAAUUUCAUCAGAAGGUAGUUUUACAAAUAUUCUAAAUUACUAUAUAAAAAUUUUAAAAAAAAUACAAAAAAAUUUCAUUAAAUACUUUCAUAUUAAUUAAAAAAAAAA